AAAAUAAUCAGUUUACACUGCUGGACAAAUCAUUGUUCAAUCUGCGCCUCUUUUAUUCCACAGGUCUUCGAAUACCUUGACAUCAUCUCAACUUCUUGAGCCAUGUCCGGAAAAGCCCCCUCCGUCACCUCCUCAGAACCACUUGCACAGUUCUCAUUAGCCCUCUUCACCAAGCUCCCACCUGAGCUUCGACUUGAGAUCCUUUCACACUGUCAACAAAAUGAUCUCAUCUGCAUGUCCCUUGCAUCAUGCUCUCUCCGCGCCAUGAUGCUCCCAAUGAUACCGGCAAAACCUUCGCUGCUCUCCUACGACCAAGUACACCCCCCAGAAGUGCUCAAGUGCGAGUGCGGCGACACUUCGGCAGUCGGAGUUGUCCAGGAAAUUUACUGGCACCGAAAGAAACGCCAUGUAUACAAGUACGCAGAGCCCCCGAGAAGAUGCUCAAACUGGGCGCCCUGUCGACCGUAUGCCGCCGACCACGCCAUUUGCCGGCGGCAGUGGUGUAGGCACUGUUCGUGUACCACGUGUCCGCUAUACGCAAGACUUCGCGAGUCGAUGGGAGACCGGAGAUACUGUGCCGAGUGCCAAAAGUUUACGAAGCGUCCUAGGACGAAGAAGUACAAAGGGAGAUGCUUGCAUGGCCGCCCUCGGGUUCGAAGGACUCCAAACAAUCACUGGACGGCCAAAAAAGGAGUGUCGUAUGGGUGUCGCUGGUGGCGGAGAUGGGGCACUUGCGGUGUCGAUGCCUGGGGGUACCCAGAAGGGGAUAAAACGGCUGACGUGAGCAGAAGGAGGAAUGCGAGGGUUGUGUAAAGUGUCCUUGACCCUACAAUGACUGUGGUUCGGUUUAAUAAUCACGGCUAAAGAUGUAAAUAAAUAUGUAAACUUACUUGAAUAAUGAGGCUAACGAUUCACGUUACGUGCCACGUACAACGAGAC